AUGGAUCCGGAACCUCCAGCACCUCCAGCAAUCCAGCCGAGAUUGCUGUCUGACCCGGGUCUUGAAGUUUGCCCUGACUUCUCCUCCCCUUUGUACAACUUGAUGGUCGAAGCCUUCUCCCACAGCCAGAACAUUGCUCAAAUAGAAGCAAUCCACCAACUAGUUGAUGCAUGGAAACUCGAGAAUGAUGCGCGCAAAGAAGCCUGGGCACUGCAACUCCAAGCAGACAGGGACAUCGAGGCAGCCGCGGAAGUGCAACACCUCGCUGCUCAGGAAGCACAGCAGCUUGCAGAGCUCGAGCUAGCGGAAGCAGAGCGCAAGGAAGCCGAAAAGAAAAAGCCUAAAAUCGGCAAUUUCACUGAGAACGAGACCCCUCCCGAUUUCAUCUCUGCCAGGCCGUCCGCGUACGCAUUAGAGAAAGUCAGGAAAUUUGAGUACGUCGAGCUAUGGUACUUUUCGAAAGAGGGUUGGGAUGACGCAUACGAGGCGCAACACUCUACCGCUGACGACGCCUUCAGCAUCACUCGCGUGGAAAACGUCAUGGCCCUCAAGCCCAUCAUGUCAUCUCGGGCCUCGCGCAACAUUGUGAAAGAUCAAGAUUUGACAUGGAGACAAAUGUCGAUGGCAAAGGCUCAAUAUCUCUUCGAGAUUAGAAAGGCAGACUGGCCACCUAAACAUUACACCACCAUCCUCAAUUUUUUCUUCGCUCUCGAGAAUCACGAGUACCGCAGAUGUGACAAUGGGGAGAUCUCUCUUCUUCAUUACCAAGCAUGA